CGCGGCAUUGUAAUGUGCUCGAUUUGAUGAGGUGCAAAUCGGGGCGUUACAAGUCUCUUAUCUAGUUAACUGACCGAUAUAUAUACAGGGAGAAGCCCCUGCACUCAACACGCUUACAUUCAGCUUUAGUCCCAUACUAACGUUAUAAGUGUAGAAGUGUAGAAGGCUUAACGUUUGGUUUUAAGUGCAGCUGAUAUUGCAAGAUGUCGACCUCAAUGAACCAGUCAUCAGGAUCUCUGUUUUUGAAUGUGACUCAAGUGGAGUUGUUGCAUGGUAAUAAUUAUAAGAAUUGGAGGAAACACAUAGAUUACCAUGUAACUAUGACCCCAGGCAUGGACCUCUGCAUUGUUGAUGAACAACCUGAAGAAUUAAAUGCUGAUAGUAACCCUGAGGAAAGGAAAGCGUAUAGGGAUUGGCAUAACAAUAACAGGAAAGCCAAAACCUUGAUUAGGACUACCAUGAUUGACUCAAUUAGGAGAUCCAUUGAGGAACCUGAUACUGCUUGGGAUUUUUUGGAGGCUAUCUCUGAGAAAUAUCUAGAGAAUGAUAAGGCUGAAAUAUUGAGACUGAAUAGGGAGUUUAAUGGCAUGAGUUUUUCUGGGAAUGAUUCAGUGAGGGAGCACAUCAUGACAAUGAUGAACCUUAAUUCUAGGCUCAGGGAUUUAGAAGUGGGUGUUAAGGAUGAACAGGUUGUGGCACAGGCACUUGAGUCACUGUCAGCCACCUAUAGCAACCUAAAAACAACCUAUAAUGCCUCUGAAGAAAAAUAAACCCUGAAUAAGCUUAUUUUUGUCUGCGUCAAUGAGGAAGCUAGGAUUAAGGAGUCUAAGAAAUCUGAACCCACUACUACAGUCAAUUUGGUGGAGAAGGAGAAGGCAAGUGGAAGAACUAUCACAAACUCAAGGCUAAGAAAACUGUUAGCACUAAGGCUGGAACUUCAGAGGCU